CUCACCACCUUUCGACGUCUCGACCUCACCACCCCUCGACCUCCCGACGUAAAAUUUAAUAUGGCUUUCACUAUGCGCCAACCUUUCAAGCUCAGCUCUACCUUUGUAGUAGCUUCCAAAUCCGCCUUCAAGUCUUCUCGUGUCCGGUCAUUCCACACCACAAAGCCAGCUACGAAUUUCUUCACAUCGAGAACAACGGCGCCUGCCAAUACCCUCACUAAAUCCCGAAAUGCCUUUCGACAAUCGAGGACAUAUCUGCAGCAACCAGCUGCUGUCCCUCAGGGUGCCAGCUUGCUCCAGAAGCUUGUGGUUGGAGGCGCUAUGGUUGGAGGAACACUUGUGGCCAUUAACCUAGUUUUCAACCGGGAAACACGGGAAGACGGUGGAAUGCCCGCAUACGAGAGAGCAUAUCUAAAUGAAACCUUUAUGCAUACCGGUCUAGGUAUUGGUAUUAUCGGUCUCUCUGCCAGAGCCAUGUUUCAAUCUGGAGCCAUGUACAGAAUGAUGGCUACAAACCCCUGGAUUGUCAUGAUUGGUGGUCUCGGACUUAGUAUCGGCACUAUGAUGGGAACAAGAUCAAUCAGCCCUGACAACUAUGUUCCAAAAUACGCUCUCUGGACAGCUUUUAAUGCUACUCAAGGCGCACUCCUCGCACCUAUGCUCUUCAUGGCGCCCCCAGCAAUCAUCGCCCGUGCUGGUCUAUAUACAAUUGCCAUGAUGGGCUCAAUUUCUUUUGUUGGAGCUACCGCUAAGCAAGAGAAAUACCUCUACCUCGGUGGACCCCUUCUCGCAGGUGUGACGCUUGUCGCCGUCUCUGGAUUUGCUCCUCUCGUCCUUCCCGUUACCGCGGUCCGAACUCUUGCUUUCACUGAGAAUAUCUGGCUAUGGGGUGGUCUGGCUGUCUUUGGAGGCUUUACACUCUAUGAUGUGCAAAAGAUACUCGCCCAUGCCCGCAUGGCGGAAAGGGGCUUGAUUCAGAAAGAUGCCGUUAACGAGAGCAUUAGCUUGGAGCUGGACUUCCUGAACAUCUUCAUCCGAAUGGUCCAGAUCUUGUCGAUGCAGAACCGGAAGUAG